AUGUUCAACAGCUAUGAUUAUGCAACCACUCUUCGUGGUUUAAUCCUCCCUCUCGCAUAUGUUGUUGUCCUCGUUGUCUCUUUGGGUAUUUUCUCCUCAUUAUAUAGGAAGCGUAAAGCAGCCAAAUCCGCGACCCUUGCGCCAUGGUUCCCACCACACUUACAAAGAAACGUUUACUUAUCACUGCUUCACCUUGAGCCAGAAGAAGGGAGUGAGAAAGUGUCAAAAGAACAAGAAAGUAUUAUACGAGCGGCUUUGUUGAGAAGGGCUGUCGAGGAUAUCCACCGAAUUAUUCAAAUCAGAACAGCAAAGCAAGCUUGCAGUACUUUACUACAAAGGGGAAGUGUGGGUGACGAUUUGUGGCAAAGGUUCCUGAGAGCAGAGAAAGAAAUGGAAGAGGAACUUAGAGAUGUGGCAAAUGCGCUGGCACCAAAUUGGGGACAGACAAUAUUCCAGUCUGCGAACGAAAUAGCCGCAAAUACAAUGUUAAGAAAAAAGCUCGAUGAUGUCCAGGCUAAGACCGCAUCUGAGAAAGAGUGGUGGGAAAAACGUCGUGCCUCAAUUCAGGCAGAAUUCAUGAAGGAGUUAGACGAAGAAGCAGAAGCCAAGACAUCCAAAAUUACCUCACCAACCAAGGCCAUCAGCGUCGUCAGCGAUGAGGAUGCCAUUCUAGUUCAAAGGGGCGGACCUGCAGCUAGUGAACAAGGCAGCCCCAACAGGAGGAAGAAGGGCAAGAAAUAG